UCAGUGCGUGUGCACGAGGGUCCGCAAAGCUGCUGCUGCUGCUGCUCCUCUCCGGGCGCACAGAAGCAUCCACAAACUUUGAUGAGCUGCACCUCAAUCUGUGGGCAACACAAAUAAAUCAUACAACAACCGGAAUAAUAAAAACAAUUUACAGGGCAAAUUUGGGAGAAUCAAGGUAUCAACAUGGAAAGCACACCGGUUGAAAUAUUCAAAGAAGAUAACAGUAAGUGCCUCUCCACGUCGCUGGAGGACUGCGCAGUGAAUUCCUCAUCCUGGGUGUCCGGAUACUCAGAGAACCGCAAUCUGACCCACGAUGACAGCUGGGAGCAGGAGGGCAUGUCUCCCAUCAUUCCCAUCAUCACAGCAGUCUACUCGGUGGUGUUUGUGGUCGGUUUACUGGGCAACUGCCUCGUCAUGUAUGUGAUCAUCAGGUACACAAAGAUGAAGACAGCCACCAACAUUUACAUUUUCAAUUUAGCGCUCGCCGACGCUCUCGUUACCACCACGAUGCCCUUCCAGAGCACCGACUACCUGCUGAACACCUGGCCGUUUGGUGAAGUUGUAUGCAAGGUCUUCAUCUCCAUCGACUACUACAACAUGUUCACCAGUAUCUUCACUCUGACUAUGAUGAGCGUGGAUCGAUAUGUGGCCGUCUGCCAUCCGGUGAAAGCUCUGGACUUCCGCACUCCGAUUAAAGCCAAGAUGAUCAAUGUGUGCAUCUGGAUUCUGUCCUCAGCGGCGGGGAUUCCUGCUUUUGUCCUUGGUGGCACGCAGACAAAGAGCGAAAUAACCGAGUGUGCCUUACAGUUCCCAGAGCCGUAUGUGUACUGGGACACACUGAUGAAGAUAUGCGUGUUUGUCUUUGCCUUCGUCGUGCCUGUCCUCAUCAUCACCGUAUGCUACUCCCUCAUGGUCCUGCGGCUGAAGAGCGUCCGAAUGUUGUCCGGCUCUCGGGAAAAAGACAGAAACCUGCGUCGGAUCACGCGCCUUGUAGUGGUCGUGGUGGCAGUGUUUGUAGUCUGCUGGACGCCCAUUCACAUCUUCAUCCUGGUGAAGGCGUUGGUGAGCAUACCCGAGACUACCGCCAUCAUGGCCGCCUACUUCUUCUGCGUGGCUCUAGGUUACACAAACAGCAGCCUGAACCCCGUCCUCUACGCCUUUCUGGAUGAGAACUUCAAACGCUGCUUCAAAGACUUCUGCCUGUCGGCCAGAUUUAAGGGUGAGAGAAUGUCGGGGAGCAGGAAGACGCCUGGCAGUGUGCGGGAGAACGCAGUGCCCCUGGAGAACCAUGAUGGGACUAGUAAGCCCACAUGACUAGCAGUGGAACUGUCUUCUAUUUCACACAUUGGAAAAGAAGACUCGCAUGACCUGGGCCUAACCCACGUCACAUCGACAAUGUAGUUUGAACUCUGUUUGAGGACUCCAUUGUUUCAUUCACAGUUUGGUUUCAACUAACGGCAACACAACAGAGAUGAUCUCACAUCAGUGAUGGAAUGAGCUUCAAAUUAUAAAUUCCAUCUUUUCCGAAAAACACAUCUUCAAGACGGCAACCUCAUCACUUUACAGUUUCUUUCAUCCCUUUGAUUCAUUUUUCUAUCAAUCACAGAAGUUAGUAUGACGAUUGUGUUGUUUUAUUUCGACGUCAUGACUUCAGGAUAAUUUUUUUGAACAGGAAACAAACUGAUCAAAACUUGCCUCUAAUAUUAUCUAUUUCCAACUAUCUCCUCUUUUUUUAGAUCCAAGGUUAACUGGUCGGUCGCAAUCUGUCAUUUUCAGCAGGUCGUUGAAGUGUGGCUGAAAAUACAUUGUGGUGGAAGUCUUCACUGUACGUUUAUUUUCAAGUACACAUGAUUCCCAUGCCCCUGUUUGCUUUCAGCAGUGUGGUAGUUGAUUCACACUCCAACACGGAGGGUGGCAGUGAUGCCCAAUAAUGCUGGUUAUCAGCAACUUACAGCCUCUGGUUGUCGAAGAAUGUAGCCAGUGCAGAAGUGCAAACACAAUCCAGUUCCUUAAGUGACCACUUGAGGCUGGCUGCAAACGCCAGAGAAACUCCAUUAAGCCCUGUAUUAAAAUGGGCACUUUUAGAAAUUAACUUGUUUACAACCUGAUUCAAAUAACAAUUUAGUUCUUGAUGUCUCAUUUCUCUGUUCAUGAAAGCUGUUCGUUGGUGAUUUUUUUCAUGUUAUACUUGGGCGUGGUUGAGUUGACAGACAGGUGGGCGUGUGACAGCUAUUUACCAGGAGGCAUAAGGCCCACCUCAGCUCCACCUC